AAGACGACGAGAGAGAGAGAGAGAGAGAGAGAGACGAAAACCCUAAUAAACUUCGCCUACCCCUUUUUAAAUACAGAGGCAUGGAGGGACUUGAUACUGUUUGAACAAAAUAAACUGAAAUCUGCAAAAAUCAUGCCUUCGGAGGCGGAAUUAACAUGGACGACUUGGGAAGAGCUGUUGCUGGCGUGCGCCGUGAAGCGCCACGGAACCAAGGACUGGGGCUCUGUCGCCAUGGAACUACAGGCUCGAAGCUCUCUCUCUCUCCUCUUCACCUCCCAAGUCUGCAAAAACAAAUACGACGACCUUAGACGCCGUUUCACGGAAAAAGAAACCGACGAUGUCGUCGAUACUAUUCCCUGGCUCGAGGAGUUGCGAAAACUCCGAGUUUCUGAGCUUAAACAGGAGGUUCACCGAUACGAUCUUUCGAUCCAGUCGUUACAGCUGAAGGUGAAGAGCUUGGAGGAAGAACGCGAACGGAGCUUGAAGGAGAACGAAAACGACGACGGAGAACCAGAUCUGGGAAAGAAUUUGGAGGAGAGAUCAGCAAAUGAAAAAAACGAUGACGCAAGGGCGCCGGAGCUCGCCGUCGGCGACGUCUCCGACAGAGAGAACCGAUCGUUCAACGAGUCUUGCUCGACGGCGAACCGGCCCGCCGGAUUGGAAGGACGUGCAGAGCCGGAACCGGUGGGGACCAGUGGGUUCAAGCCGGAUCCGGUCUCGAGUGACUCGAAACCGGCCAGUGAGGACUCCUACAACGAUAGCUCCAGCACGGUGGCUGCUAAACAAGCGGCGGCGGCGAAGGUGAGUCGGGAGAAGAAAGGUGGUGAGUUAGCCGGGUUACGAGACUCGGUAGAGGGGUCGAAGGAUGGGGUGAAGGAGAGCAGCGACGUGCAGAGCUCGGCGAGUUUGACCAGGAAACGACGCCGUGAGAAGGAAGUUUCCGGUGGUGGCAAGCCGGUGGUGUCUCCCGCCACCAUCAAAAGGGAAGGCGUGAAAUCAGAGCCGUUGGUUGGGCUUUUAGAUAUUAUCCGAUCGCAUAAACACGGCUCGAUGUUUGAGCGCCGGCUUGAAUACCAGAUUCACAGGGACGAGUACAAGAACAUGGUCCGAACCCAUAUGGAUCUCGAAACAAUCCGAACCAGACUCGAAAACGGUUCCUACUCUUAUUGCACCACCAAAUUCUACCGUGACCUCCUUCUCCUCUUCACCAAUGCUAUAGUCUUCUUCCCCAGAGCAUCCAUUGAAUCUGUCACAGCCCAUGAACUUCGUGACCUCGUUCUGGAAGAAGUAAAGAAACAGAAAUCAACCCAAAGAUCCCAUUCUUCUUCACCAGACCCGGCUCCAUCGAACCCAACCUCACUCGAAACCAAACCCGACCCGCGAAAACCCGAGUCAUUGUUGGCGAAGGACAAGUCUUCCGGUCCCAUACUGGUAUGCCGCAAACGCAGUUCCAUCUCAGCGAAAACUUCACAACCGACAGACGGAAAACCGAAUCUCAAUCCCAACGCACCUGCGAAAAAUUCGUCGAAUUUGAAGGGAGAGGAGAGUCGAAAAACGAACGAGAGGCCCGCGACGGGCACGAGAAGCACGAGGAGCAACAAGGGCAGCCAAACGAUCACAAGUCCUCCCGAUUCGAAAACCAAUUCUUUGGCGGGUAAAGCAGGGAAUGUAAUGCGAAACGACAAGAAGAAGAAGAAGAAGAACGAGGUGGCUGCGGCGGCGGUGAAGAAGCAAGGGGCGGCGGAUUUCUUGAGGAGGAUUAAGAGGAAUUCGCCGUUGAAAAGCGGGGGAGGCGAGGGUAAUAGUGGUGGCGGGAGGCGAGAAAAUAUGAAGAGAGGGGAUGGAAAGAAAGAGACUCCGUUGGUGAAGCCAGGCGGCAGCAGGAAGCGGAGGAAGGAGGAGAGCAGCCCAUUAAAGCAGCGAGGAGCUGGAAGGCCAUCUAGGAAAGGGCCGGCGGAGGGAGGUGGGAGAAAGCGGGGGAGGGAAGGCGGGGGAGCGGAGGCGGGUUCGAAACAGACUAGGAAACGGUCGAGGAGGUGAGAAAUAUUGGGUUAGCCCGUCCGGACACCUGAGAUAUUCAACAGAAAAUUAGCUGUGGGUUAUGUAAAUUUCUUGUAGGAUCUUCUUGUGAUACGUACUCCUCUGUUAGGCUCGAUCUGUAUUAAAUUAUUUAUAUUUUCUUUGUACCAGAGGAUGAAGUGAAGUUUUGGUAUGCAUCAUGAUCACCAGAAAUAUUAGCUUUAC